AUGUUGUUUCUCCUGCACUGUCCUCACAGUUUGUUCUGGCUGCUGCCAAGGCACAUCAGAUUGCAUCAGUCCAACGCUGGAAAUUCACUCCAGACAUUUUCUUGGGCUUUCUGCUGGCUGCUGUUGGGAAUUACCCUGUUUUGCUCUCCAGCAUACUCCUCUGUUUUUAAAAUUGGAGUGCUUGGACCCUGGGACUGUGACCCCUUCUUCUCCAAAGCCUUUCCCCAUGUAGCUGCCAGGUUAGCAGUGGAACGGAUAAGCAAAGAUCCUUCUCUAGAUCUUGGCCACAGGCUGGAUUAUGUGGUUCUGGGAGAAGAAUGUGAGACACCAAGAGCUCUGCUUAAGUUCAUUGACUUUGGGAAGCUUUCUUCAGCUUUCAUAGGCCCUCUGAACCCUGGAUUCUGUGAGCUGGCCACACUUUUAGGGGAAAACUGGAAUAAAGCUAUCUUCUCGUGGAUGUGUGUCAAUUACAGACUGGAUUCCACCAUCCAUCACCCUACUUUUGCAAGGACCCUGCCCUCUCCAGCCCAUGUUUUGUUUACAGUGAUGAAGCAUUUUAGCUGGGCUCAUGUUGGCAUCAUUGCUUCCAAUGAUGAUAUUUGGAGGGACUCUGCCAACAAGUUAGCAAGUGCACUCAGGAGCCAGGGCCUUCCUGUAGGCAUUGUUACCUCCAUCCACAGAGGAGAAAAAGGCAUUGAAGACACCUGGAAUGAGGUUAAAGAAGUUGAUGGCAUUAGAAUUAUAGUGCUGUGCAUGCAUUCUGUGCUCAUUGGAGGGGAGGAACAGGCCACCUUACUCACAAAAGCUCUGGAAAUGGGACUAGCAGAUGGAAGAUAUGUCUUCAUUCCAUAUGACACUUUACUUUACAGUCUUCCUUACCAAAACAACUCAUUCAACAUCUUUGAUAAUGACACCAAGCUCCAGGAAGCCUAUGAUGCUGUGCUGACUAUCACACUGGAGUCUGGAGAAAGGACUUUCUAUGAGGCAUUCAGGGAAGCCAAAGAAAGUGGUGAAAUCAUCAGGGAUUUGGAAGCUACCCAGGUUUCUCCACUUUUUGGCACAAUCUAUGAUGCCAUUUACUUCAUGGCCACGGCUAUAGACAGUACUCGGAGGAAUGGAGCCAGAGUCUCAGGAUUUAACAUAGCUGAGCACACAAAAAACUUCAGCUUCCCUGGGUUUAAUAACUGGAUACAGACAGACAACUGUGGGAAGAGGAUGAGCAACUAUGUGAUACUGGACACAGAUGGUCGUGGGAACCAGCUCUUCCCAACCCACUUGCUGGACAUGGCUUCAGACUCUGUGAAGUCCCUAGACUGGGCCAUCCACUUUCCCAGUGGAGCUCCACCCAAGCCAGACUCCAGCUGUUGGUUUGAUCCAGAUGUUCUCUGCAAUGGAGGGAUUGAGCCUGAGGUCAUAACGUUGGGAGUGAUGCUGAUCUGUGCCCUUCUGCUUUGUGUUGUGGGUCUGGCUUCUCUCAUCAGGCAUAACAUCUUGAACAGCCAGCUCUUCAGGGGACCUAACAAGAUAAUACUAACCUUGGAGGACCUCAUCUUCAUCAACCCAGAGCUACAUAAAAAGAGGCUGACCUUGGACAGUCUGACUGAUGCAAACAGCAUGGCAGCUGAUGGCAGAAGCCUGAAGUCUGUAACCCCCUCUUCUUCCUCCAAAAGUGCAGCUGCCACCCAUGAAACCUCCAACGUGGCUUUGUGUGAGGGAGACUGCGUAUGGCUGAAGAAAUUUGAGGGAGGAGCGGUUCAUGAGCUAAGACAAAGCUCCACCAGCAUCUUGAGGAAGAUGAAAGAUCUGCGUCACGAAAAUGUGAAUCUGUUCCUGGGCUUCUUCUCUGACUGUGGCAUCUUUGCCAUAGUGACAGAAUACUGCUCCCGAGGCAGCCUGGAGGACCUGCUGAGAAGUGAGGAUAUGAAACUGGAUUGGAUGUUCAAGUCCUCUCUCCUGAUGGAUCUAAUUAAAGGAAUUAGGUAUUUACACCACCGAGAGUUUGCCCACGGACGCCUCAAGUCCCGGAACUGCGUGGUGGACGGCCGGUUUGUGCUGAAGAUCACUGACUAUGGUUAUAAUGAGCUCCUAGAGGCACAGAGGUGCCCAUACAUACAGCCACCCCCUGAAGAGUUGCUCUGGACAGCUCCUGAGUUACUGAGGGACCCAGAGAUGUGCAGAAAGGGCACCUUCAAAGGGGACAUUUACAGCUUUGCAAUCAUCCUACAAGAAGUGGUCGUUCGGGGUCCACCAUUCUGCAUGUCAGAACUCUCAGCUGAAGAAAUUAUAAAGAAAGUGAAGAAGCCUCCUCCCCUGUGCCGCCCAAACGUAGCCCCCGAGCUGGCCCCCCUGGAGUGCAUCCAAGUAAUGAAGCAGUGCUGGGGGGAAGCCCCUGAACGACGUCCAACCUUUGAGGAGGUGUUUAAUAAGUUCAAAACCAUCAACAAAGAGAAAAAGAGCAAUAUCAUUGAUUCAAUGCUGAGGAUGCUGGAGCAGUAUUCCAGCAACCUGGAAGAUUUGAUCAGAGAGCGGACCGAACAGCUGGAGAUUGAAAAACAGAAGACAGAAAAACUCCUCUCACAAAUGCUCCCCCCAUCAGUGGCAGAAGCCCUCAAGACUGGUGGCACUGUGGAGCCAGAGUAUUUUGACCAGGUGACCAUCUACUUCAGUGACAUUGUGGGCUUCACCACCAUUUCAGCCCUCAGUGAACCCAUUGAAGUGGUUGACCUUCUGAAUGACCUUUACACUCUGUUUGAUGCUGUUCUUGGAAACCAUGAUGUUUAUAAGGUGGAGACAAUUGGUGAUGCCUACAUGGUUGCCUCGGGGCUCCCAAAAAGGAAUGGAAACAAGCAUGCAGCUGAGAUAGCCAACAUGUCCCUGGACAUCCUCAGCUCAGUGGGAACAUUCAGGAUGAGGCACAUGCCAGACAUCCCCCUCAGGAUACGAAUUGGGCUGCACACAGGGCCUUGUGUGGCAGGUGUGGUGGGGCUUACCAUGCCAAGGUACUGCCUCUUUGGAGACACAGUGAACACAGCAUCACGGAUGGAGUCCACAGGACUGCCUUACAGGAUUCAUGUCAGCCAAAGCACUGUGGAUACCCUUCAGAGUCUGAAUGAAGGCUAUGAAAUCAUACCUAGAGGAAAAACAGAACUGAAGGGUAAAGGAAUAGAAGACACAUAUUGGCUUGUUGGGAAAAAAGGCUUUCUGAAGCCCUUGCCUAAACCUCCUGAGAUGAAGCCAGGCCACAACUGGCCAGAUGUACUGACCAGGAAACUCAAAUCUGUCCUGAGGAGCACAAAGAGGUCACUGACAAAAGCAACCUUUAAAGAUCUGGGGAGCAUGAAGGAGGCUGAAAUAAGUACUGAAGAGGAUGAAAUCUGA